AUUUAUCCUCUCCAGGAAGAAGGUGUGAGGAUGCUCGAGCUAGGGUUCGACGUCGCAGCAAAAGGCAACAUGGGUUGUUCUUAUUCUUGUUCAUGUCAAAUUAAACUAAUCUCAGCACAUUUUAAGUGGUUAAAUUGCCGGACUCCCACACUGAAAAUAUGUUCUUUAGAAAAUAUGUUCUUCAAAUUUCAUCCUUUAAAAGUUAUUAUUGUUCCUUUUCAUUUGGGAUGUCUCCAGAUCACAAGCCAAACUAGGUGUUCAUGUCAAUUUCUUGUCAAUUUUUUGAAGCAGAUGAGGCCAUUUGCCAAAAUGCAUGGUCCAUACCCAUUCUUCAUUGGAGAUACAGAACGUAUAGUAAUCGCCUUCAUAAGAAGGGUAGCAUUAUCUAUCAACAAAGGAUCGGCAAACCUUCUGUGGUAGGUGAUGACUGCCAUUGUGAUGAUUGAAGGUGUUUGCUCUACUUUACAAAAUUCCAUCCAAGGAAUUUUGUGUUGUUAAAUGCAAAUGGAUCACAAACAGACCAUAUUGAUGCGCAGAUAUGAACUAGGGAGAUUGUUAGGACAAGGAACAUUUGCUAAGGUAUACCUUGCUAAAAAUCUUCAAAGUGGUCAAAUUGUUGCUGUAAAGAUGAUUGACAAAAGGACAGUAAUGCGAGAUGGUCUUGUUCAGCAAAUCAAACGUGAGAUAUCCGUGAUGAGAUUGGUGAGACAUCCACACAUUGUUCAGUUAUUUGAGGUAAUGGCCAGCAAGUCCAAAAUUUACUUUGUUAUGGAAUAUGUGAAAGGCGGCGAACUAUUUCAGAAGGUGGCCAAGGGCAGGCUUCGAGAGGAUGUUGCACGGAAAUACUUUCAACAGCUAAUAAGUGCAGUGGAUUUCUGUCACAGCAGAGGUGUUUACCAUCGUGAUCUAAAGCCUGAAAAUUUGCUACUGGAUGAGAAUGAGAACUUGAAGGUAUCUGAUUUUGGCUUGAGUGCUCUUGUUGACUCUAAAAGACAGGAUGGCUUACUCCACACAACCUGUGGCACUCCAGCUUAUGUUGCUCCUGAGGUUAUCAAGGGCAUGGGAUAUGAUGGUGCAAAAGCCGAUAUAUGGUCCUGUGGAGUGAUUCUUUUUGUGUUUUUGGCUGGUUACCUCCCUUUCCAAUUCAACGGUUCAAAUGUGAUGGAAAUGUACAAGAAGAUUGGAAAAGGUGAGCUUAAGUAUCCUAGCUGGUUCACUCCUGAUGUUCGCAAGCUGAUAACUAAAAUUCUGGAUCCUAAUCCACGAACCAGGAUGUCUAUUGCAAAAAUAAAGGAAACCCAAUGGUUCAAAAAAGGAUUUGUUGACAGAAAAUUGCAAAGUGAAGAAGAAACAAUUGGAAAUGUUCCCAGUGAUGUGGCUGAAGUUUUUGGUUCCUUCACUGGCAACAUGGGUGAAGGAAAGCAGGAAACCUUUCCAGUUAAGAACAUGAAUGCUUUUCAUAUCAUUUCUCUUGCUUCAGGAUUUGACUUGUCAAGUUUAUUUGACAAAAGUGAGCAAAAGAAAGAAAUAUGGUUCACCUCUAGGAAGCCUGCAUCUACCAUUCAAGAUAAGCUAAAGGACAUUGCAAAGGUUUUGAAGUUGAAAUUUAAGAAGAAUAAUGACGGGGUUUUCAAACUAGAGUCUCUGAAAGAAGGGAGGAAGGGCAUCAUAACCAUUGAGGCAGAGAUCUUGGAGGCAGCCCCCUCCUUUCACUUUGUGGAAAUGAGAAAGUCAUGUGGUGACACUCAGGAGUACCAGAAGCUCCUGAAAGAGGACAUAAGGCCUUCCCUUAGGGAUAUUGUCUGGGUCUGGCAAGGUGAAUAGGCACACAGCUUCAUAGCCAAAUCUUAAUCGUUUAGAUCAUCUAAAAUCAUUCUGGCAAUUCUCGUGGUCUUCCAUGUUUAAAUUCACAAAUACUUGAUCCUUGUCAGCCAGUAAUAAGCAUCUGACCUUUGUCUUAUUGUUCCUGUUCUAGACAAAAAUUGAGAUGAUACAUCUGGUUUAAUUCAUUUAUUUAGCUUGACAAGAUGACCACAUCAGAUGAUCGAGCAAUCUGGCUGAGCUAUAUUGAUUCCCUGUUACUCGAGUCUUAUUUUUGUUUCUUGUCUUAUUUUUCUUGUAAAGUUGAGUUGUAUCUAGUUUUUGUAUUGUGCUCCUCUGGUAUAAAGUUUAAUGGUUGGAUUUUGUGUUAGAGAAUGUAAUAGGACAUGAAUCAAGUUGAGUCAGGCAACCAAAUUGAAGGAUCUAAGGAUUUAUCGGCUCCUUCAACAAAUCCAUUACCACUCAAAUUGAUUUG